GGUGGGCUAGUGAAUGUCUGUAGCGACCAGAACUGGGAUACGAUGUCAACAUCCGGGGAAAUUUACUUGUUACAUGUUGUCGCACCUCAUGACUCUGAGCAUGAUUGGACAUUUAUGCUGAAAAUGGACCUCUGAGCUGGGUGACUCGUACUCGAGAUAAGCCGAAUUUUGUUCCCCUUCGACCUCGCUAGCACAUGAACGUCACGUGAUGUAAAUAUACGCCCAGUCAGACAGAAAGGCCGCAAUAAACUGAUAAUCUGGUAGUGGUAUGGGUAUACGAUUAUGAACGGCGAAAGAUCAUGAUAUAUAUUCAGCAAAUUCAAAGACUGUAUGUGUAGUCAAUGCCAGCCAUAUUCACGCGAGUGCAGGUAGAUCUACCCACGUGCUUUUGUUUACAGUCAGUGGUGGAACAAUAUUUUCUAUAAGUUGUAGAUCUACAGGUUACAAGUAUCUUUUGAACAUAUUUAUGAUAAAGACUCCUAAACAAAUAACACUGAAUGUAACAAGACUAGAUCUUGAUGAAAAUGAACAGAUCACUUCUUUGCGGUUACGGAAAGGGUCGAGGUUUGCCGAUUACACCCCUACCCCCCACGAUUCAAUUCUGGCGCCUAAUUAGAAAUCGACUCAUGUCCGUCUCGACGAUGAAAGGGAGAGGGGCGUUGAUCGUUUUUGAAGGGUGUGACAGAUGUGGGAAAACCACCCAGUGUAACCUACUGCUGGAGAAACUCACGGUAGACGGAACACCAGUCAAGCUGAUGAAAUUUCCAGACAGGACAACUGUAAUUGGUCAGAUGAUCAAUGGAUAUCUGCAGAAGAAGGCAGAGCUAGAUGACCAUGCUGUACAUCUACUCUUCUCGGCCAACAGAUGGGAGUGUGUAAAAGACAUCAACCAAUUGUUGAAUGGAGGCACAACCUUGAUAGUUGACAGAUAUGCAUUCUCUGGUGUGGCUUUCACAGCAGCCAAAAAGGGUUUUACCUUAGACUGGUGCAAGCAGCCAGACAUUGGUCUCCCCAGCCCAGACAAGGUACUGUACAUGACCUUAACCUCAGAAGCUGCAGGGAAGCGUGCUGGAUUCGGGGGAGAGAGAUACGAACAGGAGGACUUUCAGAAAAGGGUUGCCGAAAACUUUGAAAAAUUGCAAGAUGAAACUUGGCAAAGGAUCGAUGCUGACAAGACUAUAGAGGAUCUCCACAAAGAACUAUAUGCCAUUGUGAAGCUUACCAUCGAGGAGGCAAGGAAUAAGAAGAUUGAUAAAUUGUGGGUAGAAUGAUAGCGCACGCCACAAUCUCCUUCGACUACUGGUGGUGAAAGGACUGUUACAAACCCCCCAAGAUCAGUUCAACAUUUGCUGCAGCAGAAUAAUGUUUGAAACAGCCACAUCGCCAAUAAGGAAUUAGGAUCUUGUCUUGGUGUUUGUUUUUCUGGGCCUGCCACCGCCAGGUCUCGUUGCAACCCCACCCUUUUGACUGUGGUGUCCCACAGUCGAGAUACUACUUUUUUGAUUUGCCAAAUAUUGGAUAUUGACAUUUCUUCUCCCCUAAAGGCGCACACACUCUGGCAUUAGGUGCAAAUUCAUGCAUAAUGUGAAAUUUCAUUAUGAUUAGAUGUUACAUUCACAUGCAAUUCCUUGGUAUUGUACAUGUUCACCUCAACAAUAGCUACAUUCAACUCAUUAGUUCCCUAAUAUUUUGUUGGUAGUAUAGUAUUUGACCUACUUUUGCAUGCAUGUAACAUCUUAGUCUUUCUCUUCACUUAGGCCUCCUGGAUCCUGCUUUCAAACCUCGGUACUCCCUGACUAUGUUUGUAUGUUUGUAAGCUCCAUACAUGGAAUAGGAAAUUUUUCAUGUUCUCAGAAAAAUCUCAAUCAUUUCUUGAAGUUCUUAAAUGAAUCUUAUUUGAUACUCGUGGAUGUGUCCCCGAAUUGCAAUUUCGUGGCCCUAUCAUCAUUCAUUUGUUAUUAAUUAUUUAUGUUCCGUAACGGCCUCGUAAUCGAUUCUUUUGCAUUCUUGGCUAUUCUUAGCGAUUCGUGGCUCCCACAAUUUCUUGUCCUCAACCUGAAAACAUCCCGAAACAGCCACGAAUGUCCUGAGUCAACUACGAAUCAAGUAAGAACAUGAUUCCCCAAGGACCGGGACCAGAGCAACACGUGCUCUCCGUUGAACCUCCAUGGUGGAAAUGAUGGGUUGGCCAGUCUUUCUGGACCCAAGAACAUGCCGAAGUGUCAGGAAAAGUACCGAUUUUCGCAAACUAUUCGUAAAUAUGUCACAUUCGUCAUGUCUUAUUUGUUGCGAUCGUCCUGCAUUCGUACCUGCAUUCGGCAUAAUCGUAACUUAGUUGUAGAUAAUUCUUACAAGUCGUGCAUGAUCGUACAUGAAUCUAGUUAUUCGUACAUGUUUCUCAACCCAUUCUUGGCAUUCUUCAUAUUUUUCAACCCAAUUAGCCAUUUGUCAUAGCUGCUUCGUACCGAUUCUCCACGAAAUUAUGCAUUAUUGGUCGAAUCACCACAAAUUUCGAAAGUUUCCGAUUCAGGGUGAUUCGAGAUAUUCAGGGUCAUAGGGGAGCCUUAAACUUGCAGCUUUCCUCCCACAUCAAGCUGUCAUGCCGUGAGAUAACUGAAGUGGUGUUUGAACCAGCUGAAUAAAUGCCUUCAAAAGAUUGUAAAUUAGAAUCAUACUGGUUGUCCAUGUGGGCUGAUGUUUUGAAGGCUAUUCUCCCAUUUCUCUAAUAAUGUGCAUGCUGGUGUUUGGUGAUCCGCCUGUGAUUGACAUCACAUCACAAGAACUUUAGGCACCAAAGUAGGGGCUCUUUAUUAUGGGCUGUGCAAUUUAAGUCAUAAACAGGAGGGUGAUUAUGGCAAAAGCUUUCUUAGUGUUGCAUUUAAUGGAGCGGACAUGUGAGUGACCUCAGUCGGUGCCCUACCAGUUGCAGUCCCGCUGGUAAUGGUUGCCUCCAGAGUUAGUACCCCUGAUAGGUAUGCUUGUGCCAUACCAGGUGAUCCCUUGGAUGAAACACACAUUUAAAAGUAGUCUGCUGUUUUGCACCUUGUUGUGGGACCCGUGAAGAUCCGGGGUAGAAUAAAUCUUCAGCAACCCAUGCUUGUCGUAAAAAAACCCCAAGAAGUACGAGAAUCUGAACUUUACUAAGAAAUUGUAAUCCCAAAUAUAAUAUUUGUUACAUUUGACCACUUUCUAAGUGGCAUUGUGUGUUCAUAGCUUUCAGCCAUGGGAGCCGAGGAAAUUUACACUUGUCAGAGGGGUACACAAAGUAUGUGAUCCUGACUACCAGUUGUCGGACUUUCCCAUUUUUGAGGAAGCCUUAGUGGCUGUGUGGGUUAGACCACUUACUUUCUGUACUGGCGAAAAGGUGCCUCACUGUGGCAGUGUGGGUUUGAAUCCCGGACGGGACUCAACCCCCUAAAGUACGAGAAUCUAAACUUUACUAAGAAAGUGUCAUCCCAAAUAUAACAUUUGUUACAUUUGACCACUUUCUUAAUGGCAUUGUGUGUUCGAAUCCCUAUUAUGAAUUUUCCUUAUCUGAAUGUCUCACAAAUAAAUUAUGACAUGUA